AUGACACUCCCGUCAACAAAGGCACAUGUCGACCUCCGCCUGCUCAACGGGGGGAGUAUGAAGGCCAACACGAAGACGAUCCACGACGGCGUCAGCGACGACGACGAGGACCACAUGUUUCGUCUGUACGACUGGUGUUUUUACAUUUACCAGCCUGAACUGCGGCGUCAUGUGCUGUGGGACGUUGGCAUGUCGAAUGACGGAGACGCGUACAUUUCUUCGAUACGAGAUGUCAUGAAGGUCAUGUCUUGCGUCGGACCGGACAAGCCACUUGCACAACAACUGAGGGAUUCAUGUGGCGUUGAACCCGAGACCAUCGAUACCGUCUUGUUCAGCCACGCCCACUUCGAUCACUGUCGACCUAUACGGCACGAGUUCCCCAAUGCCCAUGGGUUCUUCGGACCGGGAACCGAAGACGACUGCAAAAGAAAAUUGGAACCUUGGUGUACCGACCCCGGGGUCGGGCACAAGUUCGAUCCGCGAUUCUUUGACCGCGCCCGUUCAACCGAGACGUGGUCGGAGCUGAAGGGGCCCUGGGUGCCGUUUGGACCGUUUGAUCGCGCCAUGGACUUCUUCGGGAACGGGAGUCUGUGGCUGAUUCAGGCCCCGGGACACAUGCAGGGCAACCUGUGUGCGGCUGCGAGACUCGCGGAUGGGAGUUGGGUCGUUUUGGGGUCGGAUUGCGCCCAUACAAAGCCAUUACUCGACGGAAAGUACGAUAUAGCCGAGGUGACGAGACCAGAUGGGUCAAAGUGGUCGCUGCACGAGUAUGUGUGUGCCGCCAAGGAGACCAUUGCCAAAAUUCACAGUCUGGAAGUCGACCAUGGGUGCCAUAUCGCCCUUGCUCACGACGCGUCGUGGAUGCUCAAGCAGACCGCCGAAGAAAAGGAUCCUGUGCUUUUCGGGCUAUUGGGUGACGACUUCACCGAGGAUGUCCGAGAGCGCGUGGCUCGGGAUGAACCUUUCUAA